UCAUUAAAAUCAGGAUGCUUUUCCGUUCCCCUCCCGCUUCAGCCAUUUCCAAAAAUAAAGCUGCCAGGCAGGAUAGGUCGGAAAGCUCCAGGACCACCCCUCUUUUCAGAAAUAGACUGCUGGCGACAAUUUAAAAUAUUUGCUGACACUACCAAUCCGACAAGCGGAGCUUGCCAUUCCCCCGGCUGGCUUUUUAAAAAAUACAGCCCUGGGUCUAGGUUGUCGGGAAACGCUGGGUUGUUAUUGCAGCGGCUUGGUUUUUCUCUCUCUCUCCUGAAAGCUUAUGUAUAAAACAAGACGCAUGAAAGCUUGUCAAAUCCUUUAGUUCGAGGGAGAGAUUACAGUGGUAACAAUGCAGUGUUUAUGGAGCUGGGCCAUGGCUAAAACUCCUGCGGGCGUGAACAGCAGCCAGCCGGUCAUGCUGCGGAGCGUGAGAGGCCUCGCCGGCGUGGAAAUCGCGGUUCCUGAGAGGAUCCCAGAGGGGCUGACCCUGGAUGCCUUACUGGAAAUGAACGAGUCGAAAGUGAAAGACACCAUGAAGAGAUGUGGAGCCAGCACCGAGGAAUGCUCCCGGCUCAACGGGGCCCUGGCUUGCUUGCGGAAAGUGACCCGGACAGGUGGAGAAUAUAAAGACGAUUUGAUGUGGAAUUCGUCGGACGUGCGUCGGGAAGCUAGCCUGAUGCCCCCUUCUGAACUCUCCCCUUGCCCCACAUCUCUCACAUGGACGCAUGGCAGUCUGCCACUGUUGAAGAGCAAUGGCUCCCAGCCCCGCUCCAGCUCCGUCUCUACUAUCUCCUCUUCAGACAACGUCUCCUCGGGCCAAGGGACGCCAGCCUCCGCCGACAACCUCUUGGAGUCGUUUGCUUUCCCCACUCAUUGCGGGAGACGAAACCUUAGGACUCCUCACAGCAUCACCAUCACGCCGCCCACAACGCCACAGCUCAAGAGGGGGAAGCCCCCGCGGACGCCUCCCCCGCCGAGCCGGAAGGUUUUCCAGCUGCUGCCCAAUUUCCCAACCCUCACCAGGAGCAAGUCCCACGAAUCCCAGCUUGGCAACAGGAUAGAUGAAGUUCCUCCUAUGAAAUUUGAUCUCCCCCAGGGAUCUCCCCAGACGGUACGAAGAGAUAUUGGUCUGUCUGUAACACACAGAUUCUCUACAAAGUCGUGGCUGUCUCAGGUGUGCCAGGUGUGUCAAAAAAGCAUGAUGUUCGGAGUGAAGUGUAAACACUGCAGAUUAAAGUGUCAUAACAAAUGUACAAAAGAAGCCCCACCUUGUAGAAUAUCUUUCUUACCAAUAGUACCCCGAUUAAGGCGGACAGAGUCUGUCCCUUCCGACAUCAAUAAUCCUGUGGAUCGACCUUCGGAACCCCAGUUCGGGACUCUUCCGAAAGCGUUAACUAGAAAGGACCACCCACCAACGAUGAACCACCUGGACUCCAGCAGCAACCCGUCUUCCACCACCUCCUCCACGCCUUCUUCCCCAGCUCCCUUCCAGUCUUCCAACCCUCCCAGUGCAACGCCGCCCCCAAACCAGUCUCCCAUGGGACAGCGGGACAGCAGCUUCAACUUCCCAGCCGCCUACUACAUUCAGCAUAGACAACAGUUUAUCUUCCCAGAAAUUCCCAACACCCCACAAGUAACACAGGCUCCUGAAACUACUGAAUGUCCUGACGCUGCUGAACAUCUAGAGACGGAUGGGGUUGAAGAACGUGAUGCAGAGCAUGUGGAAGACCAAGAGCCGAAUAAGUCGGAAGCGGAGGACGACGAGGACGAGAUCGACGACCUGCCGAGUCGCCGGAGCCGCUGGCGAGGGAUGAUUUGCCGCAAGGGCAGCCAGACCAGCGUCUACCUGCAGGAGUGGGACAUCCCCUUUGAGCAGAUCGAACUGGGGGACCCGAUCGGCCAAGGGCGAUGGGGCAAGGUGUACCGGGGAAGGUGGCACGGGGAAGUGGCCAUCCGGUUGCUGGAAAUCGACGGGAACAACCAGGACCACCUGAAGCUCUUCAAGAAGGAGGUGAUGAACUACAGGCAAACCAGGCACGAGAACGUGGUGCUCUUCAUGGGGGCUUGCAUGAACCCCCCUCACCUUGCAAUUAUUACAAGUUUUUGCAAAGGAAGGACACUUCACUCGUUCGUCAGGGACCCCAAAAUAUCUUUGGAUAUUAACAAGACCAGGCAGAUAGCCCAGGAGAUUAUUAAGGGCAUGGGGUACCUUCACGCAAAAGGGAUUGUGCAUAAAGAUCUCAAAUCCAAGAACAUUUUCUAUGAAAACGGCAAAGUGGUGAUCACCGACUUUGGCCUCUUUGGCAUUUCUGGGGUUGUUCAGGAAGGAAGGCGUGAGAACGAACUGAAGCUGCCCCACGACUGGCUCUGCUACUUGGCCCCGGAAAUUGUGCGGGAGAUGGCGCCCGGGAAGGACGAAGAUAAGCUCCCUUUCUCCAAAGUGGCGGAUGUCUAUGCUUUUGGGACCGUGUGGUAUGAGCUCCAAGCUAGAGAGUGGCCAUAUAAGAGCCAGCCGGCCGAGGCCCUGAUCUGGCAGAUUGGAAGCGGAGAAGGCAUGAAGCAGGUCCUCUCAGCAAGUAGCCUGGGGAAAGAAGUCAGCGACAUUCUCUCAGCAUGUUGGUCUUUCGACGUCAGCGAGCGACCCAGCUUCACGCUUCUGAUGGACAUGCUUGAAAAAUUGCCAAAGCUCAACCGGAGGCUCUCUCAUCCGGGACACUUCUGGAAAUCAGCCGAGUUGUAGCUACUGACGCAAUAGCCGGGUUCUACCUUGCAUGCUUCCUUUGUAUCCUAAACCCACACAGCAACUUGGACAUCCACCUUGCACUUGUGUAUACACACAUAUACAGACACACAAACAAACACACACACGCGCCGCCCAUUUUUAACCCUCGGGCGCACCCGACGCUUCUAUGAAUUCCUUUCUCCUGCCUCUUCUCUCGGUGCGGGCUGCUAACUUGAAAUAACCAUCCCUGUCUGCAAGAACUGUGGCGUGUUUGCUACUAACCCCUUCUCCGAACCCAGAUUAACUCCUCGACUUCCGAAAUGUGUUCAGCCGGCUGCAGCACUUGCAAUUUCCGUCUCCGCGCCGCUCGCUCCUCCGCGGGUGGUUUCUCUUUUUCCGAACUCUUUACCACCAGCCUCAUAAGCAAGGUGUAAGCAACAACAAACGACAAAACAGCCAGCAUUGUGUGUGUGUGCUUGUCUUUUGUAUGGGAUUUUUUGUAAAAAUAAUAAUAUAUAUAUCUAUAUAUGUAUAGACAUAUAUAUGUGUAUAUAAAAGUAAGUUGUUUAUCAUCUGUGCAUUUGAGCUGCCUAGCAAAAGGACAUUAAAAAGCGAUCUCGCUUCUUAAGUUACAACAGUCAGGAUCAUUACGAAUGUACGCAUGAGGUGGGUUAAAAAAUAGGAGUAUGGGCUCACUUAAAGAAAUCUUAGUGGAUUCGGCGUACACGUUUUAUUAGGUUUUUAGUUGGUUAAAGCGACACACACGACGUUGCAUGGGAGCAAAACUAACAGCCUUGAAGGUAACAGCGUGUUUUGCUUUGAUUUUAAAUGGCACUCUUAUUUAUUGUUACGCCAUCGUUUUAAUUUAUUACUCACCUUUCUGAGCGUGGAAGAGGCAUCUUAGAAGAGGCAUCCCUCCCGUUUUAAAAAUUUGAUUUGGAACAGCUUUUUAGUUGGAGGCUUUAAAACUAAAUAACGUUGUUGGCCUUACAAUUCAAUGCCGUACCUAUCUAAAUGGGUUUAUUUGGGUUUAUUCCCAGGUUAGUGGGCCUAAACCUUGGCUAGAUGUUGCCAUAUCCCUAGUAUAAAAUUAAUAGUCAUCAGAUUUAGGUUUGAAACAGUGUUCGCCAACUGGCAACGUAGUGGGGUACCCUAUAGAUUUUUGGUCACGUAGCUUCUUGAUAGAUCUUUCAUUGACCCCACAAAGCUUUUUAGUAGGGGGAAGUCUUGACUUUUCAAGCCUGAAAACAGCAACAACUUCCAUCUGCGGAGAAAAGUUUCAUCCAUGACAUUUUACUUUACGGAAAUACAGUGGAGCCUUGAUAUCCGCUGGGGUUUUGUUCCAGGAUCCUCCCAUGGGUUCCAAAAUCCACGGAUGCUCAAGUCCCAUGAUGUGCAACAAUGUAGUAAAAUAUAAUGCCAAGGUUUGCUUUUUGGAUAUUUUCUAAACAGAUGGUUGACUCGGUGGAUGCAAAAUGCAUGGUUAUGGAGUGAUGUCUUCAGUCUCAGAGAUGGAGGGCUGGUGAUGGAAUGGGGAUAUGUAGGGAUGAGAUGCAAGAUGUAUAUAUGGGGCAGGGUUUGAAGUAUGGUUUUAGGGGUGACCCUAAGCCAAACUAAUACAAUGAGUUUUGGGUGGCACUGCAAAGACAGCAAACCAUAGCGCUGGUCCAUUCCCUGUCUUAGGUUCUCUUAUGCAGCCAGGCUUUCUAACCGGAGCAACCCAGCGAUCCCCAAACUUUGGUCCUCCAGGUGUUUUGGACUUCAACUCCCAGAAGCCCCAGUCAGCUUGGCUAACAGUAAGGAACUCUGAGAGCUGAAGUCCAAAAAACCUGGAGGACCAAAUUUGGGAACUAACAGAGUAAUCUUUCUCCUUGAAUUCUGGAACAGACUUUCUCUGGUUGCCGUAUGGGCCGAAUGUCAUGAAUGAAACAAUCUCAACCCUUCCAUGAAGGAAGCAGAACUUGACUUGCCUUGCCUUUUGCAUUGCAAAUCAGGGCUGAAACACUCACUGAUCGCUUCUCGCUUUUGUGCCAGGGCUCCAAAUGUAAACGUUUUAAUGCAGAUGUUUAAAUUUCCUCCCUUCUGUCCCCUUCCCUUCUUCCUCCUCCUUCUCCCCAAUCCUCCUUCUUCAGCAUUAACAGUAGCAAAGUUGCCAUCCGGUUCGAACGGUUUGCCUUGGGAGAUUUGGAGUCGAGUAACCAAAAGAUAUAGCCGGGUGUGUCUUUUUUAAUAGUCCUUUAUUCAUAACGGUGGAGAAAGGCUGUCGGAGACCUCCGUGGGAGCUUCCCAAAAACAUGGAAAGGGGCAUGUUGUUGAGCCAUUCCUGCCCAGCUACUUGGUGAUGUUUCACUUAGACACCUGAUGUUUAAAAAUGUUUACAUUCUGAUUACUUCUCCCCCCCCCCCACCUUUGUGUGAAUUAUAUAAUAAAAUGUGAUAUAGGGUUUUUUUAUUUAAUAUUUUCCCCUUCGUAUGUACAAACUGAGUUGUUGUGAGCAAUCCGAUCGCAUAAAUCUUGGUGAAGAAGCGCUCUGAGGUUUCAGGAUUGCAGCCCGGAAAAUGUCCGAAAUGAAGGUUGCGCACCGACCACAGAGUCGCACCUCUCCUACGUGGAAAAUUUGGACCACGCCAUUCCCCCCGAAGGAUGCUUGCAAUGCUGUGAAGUGGCGGACGAACCCUUGCCACCUUUCCCGAACUACGUUUCCCUCGUCUUCUCCGUCGGAGAACAGUAUAGAAGAGUUUGAAAGCGAUGUAGAAAUGGACAAUCUUAGGAAGCGAAAGGGGAAGUUGUGAGGGCGAAACCUUCGCUCGGAGCCCAGUGCAACGGAACGGACUCUUACUAUGACUGGAAUUGUUUUGUGGCUUGUGUUUUGUGACAAGGUUUUGAAGCAUGAAAAUGUGGUUGUUAUGGUGUAGAUGUUCGUACCUUGGUUGAAAAUUGUUUUAAGAAAACAAGCUUCUACCUCUCAUUGUCUUUGGGGGUUUGGGUGGGACAUCUUGAAGGUCCAUGGGCAGCACCUGAAAUAGGUAAGGUUUCCAGGGCGGCUGUGCCAUUUCUUAUACAUCUGCUUUCUUCUCUCCUUCGUAACCACUAUUUUCUCCCUUUCUGGUAAAGGAUGGGUGACUUGUAGCUGUUACUGAACUCCAACUCCCAUCAAUACCAGCCAACGUUAAAAUGGUUAGGAUGAUGGGAAUUAUAUCUGGACACGAUGUCCAUUUUUGUCUUAUGAACAUCCUCUGCCUGGCUCCUCCACUUUUCCCUGGCUGCUGAUGGAGGGAAGAUUUCACUUAACAGAAAAUAAGCUUUUCCCCAAAUGUAAGUAUAUUAAACAGGGGAUGUUUUGCACAAUUCAGAGUCCAGAUUUUAGGGUGCUUGAGUACAAGGCAUACGGUUUUUGUUUGAAUGUUUUGCAUGUCCCUGGAGCAUCGAGUUGUAGAAGGAUAGGAAAGGAGCGAUUUAUUGUACUGAGUCCCAGUAACAGAAAUGAAACACAUUUGCCGUUUCCUCCCAAAUGAUCCAAGAAGUGCUGAAAUGCAAAUUGAAGUUGUUGUUCCUCUCUGCUUAUUCGACUGCAACGAGGAAACGGGAAAGAUAAGCUAAUAUCCGCUACGUUGACCAGAAAAGUAGUGCCAGUCCCAGAGAAAGAAAAUGUCUUGUCCUUUUCCCCAACAACAAUCCAAACAUUGCUCCGAAGAAGAAGAAAUGUAAGGCAUCCCCUUCCUCGUUUCCAAUACAUGGGCAUAAUCUACUGAGUUACUAAUGGUAGUAUAAGCAUUUUCUAGUAGGUCUUUGUAACCACGUUGGUGACCUAUUUUCUUAGACAGCUAUAAAAGGGGAAAAGGCUGGAUGGACUGUAAAAGGUUGCCUAGUUGACCUUUGGAGUCUUGACUUUCUACCACAGUUAAUGCUUCUGAAGAGGAAGCUUAGCUGUGUUUUAGACUAUCAGGUUUUGUAUCUUUACAGAAAAGAUGUAACCUCCGGCUAGGUUAUAGCUCAAAUGUGGUAGCCUGACAUUGAGAAGAAUGAGUUUGGCAACAGGGGAGACCACUUUCUUUUGCAGAUCCACCUUCCCCCUUUUUAUUUAAUUCUCCGAUGGUGACCACUUCUUUCUCUUUACUGCAAUGCAAAAAGAGCCUGUGGAGCCCAUGCGGAUUUGGUUGUAUAUUUCAUCCUCUUUCCUAUUAUCAAAGGUCUACUGGGUUUCCGUAAGCUUGGCCGCAUUGUGACAAAACCUCUGGAUUUGAGCCUAAUUCUUAGCGAUGUGUGCUGAGGAUGUUGCCACGAAUGCUGGGGACAAUGUACGUAUGCUCACAUGGCUGAAUGGUGCCGCUUCCGCAGAUGUUCUCAGCGCAUCGAAAUCUCAUAUGUCAGAGGAGAGGAAUCUCACCUUUGUGCUUUGCAGUGUGCAGUUUUUGUAAGGAUUUGUGGUUGCGUCCGUUGUGAGAGCCCUGUGUAGAAUGCAUGCCACGAUCCCACUCUUGAUACCCUACUAUAAGGCGUACAAAAGAGAAACCAGCACCCACGUUUGAAGUAGGAACGUACCAUAUAUACUCGACUAUAAGUCGAUCUCCUGUAUAAGUCAAGGGAAGGUAUUUGGGUCAAAAUUAUGGAUUUUGAUAUGACUUGUAGAUAAGUCGAGUGUAAACGUAACAAAGGAUGGAGCGAAGGAAAACAAUGCCAAAUAACGUACAAUAUUCCAGCAGGCAUAAAAUGUCGGUGCUUAAAGUAAAUAAAGGAUGGAUGGAUGAGAACGUAGAAGGGAGUUAGUGAUUCCUGGACAGAUUGGGUUGCUAGCCAGAACUUAAGGUCUGUUGUAUAUUUGGUGGUUUGGCUUUCUCCAUUACUGAUCCACAUAAGGUCCUCAGAUGAUGAUGAUGAUGAUGAUGUUAUUUUCUUAUAUCCCACCUUCCUCCCAAUAUAGGGACCCAAGGCGGCAAUUGUCGAUACGUUGGCUUGCUGUGCCUGAUAAACAGAGAUCCUCCCGAUCCAGUAAGGAUAGAAAUGUUGGGUUUUUCCUCCUAUGAGUUUAGUUGUUUAACGUAUAGAGAGGAGGACCAAAAGUUGGGAACCACUGCACUAAGAUGUCUUGCCAUUCAGUCAAAGCGAUGAAUGAGAUGUGGCUGGUUUGUGGGCUAUGCUUCCUUAGCCUGCAUCCCAUCUGUAUUGCAAAAGAGCGGUUGUGAAGCCACCAUUUUGGGCAUAAACCACGUUUCCAGUUACAAGAUUUCUUAACCUUUAGUCUGUCCUCCAGUUCAUCUCUCUUUUAACAAGCCAUGAUAAGAGCAUGCCUUGUUCUAGUAAGUAAGCACUCCUUCUUUGCCUUCUUUCCCCAGAAGCCUCAGAUUAAUUAUAAUUUCCCGUUUGGUUGGAACAAACCAUGAUCUUAAACAGGAUCCUGGGCUGUUUUGGGAGCUGUUGACUGCACUUUCCCGAUUCAGAGGUCACAGGAAGCUAUGGUUAGUUGGAGAACUGAUGGCACGCACAGGCGUUAGGCUUGUAUCCUGGUUUAUUAAAUGGCAAUAUAGUUUUCCAGACUGUGCCAGUGUUUCCCACUCCAAGGAUUGAAAUGUUGGGAUAGGUGUUUGAAUGGUUGAGCUGUGAGGGUUAUGGAGAACAUGCUCCAUAGCUGAAAAAAAGUAGGAGAAAUGCAUGACUUAGAGGUUCAGAAGUAGUCAAGAGAUAAAUGCUCACGUCUUAAAUUCCGGAAAACAUAGUCCUGGAAUGUGUGUCUCUGUGUGUUUGUGUGCAAAAGCAAUUUUCCCCAAUCUGAUGCGCUCCAGAUGAUUUGGCAUAUGCUUUCCAUGAUCAUGUUGGCUGAGAAUAAAAGUCCCUGGCUGUUCAUUUCUUAAGCUCCCAAGCACCGUCAUAACUCGGUGCAUGCAUCUUAGAAAUGGACCCUGCUCUUGGAUGUGCUACAUCACUCAAUGGCAAGGAUAUGCGCCAUGAUAUUCUAUGCUAGGAAAGCCUUGUUUUGUUUUGCUCUCUUACUAGGAUGUGACUUAGGAACUGCAUAGGUCCACUUCACUUGGCCAAUGGUUUCCAAUCUUUGGUCCUCUAGAUGUUUUGGACUUCAGAGCUCAUCAUUCUUGACUGUCGGCCAAGUUGGCCGAGGCUUCUGGGACCUGAAGUCCAAAACAUCUAGAGGACCAAAGAUUGGAAACCAAUGGCCAAGUGAAGUGGCCUUAUGCAGUUCCUAUCCAGUCUAGUAAGAGAGCAAAAGAAAUAGGCACAGAAGAUCAUGGCGCAUAGAUGGGAGUUGCCAUCUUUGUCCCCAGUAGUUGGUAUCCUUGUGCUUCUCUAUAUCACUAAACUCUCAGGGCUAGCAGCCAUUGAUAGCUUUCUCUUUCAGACAUUUAUUUUACGGCCAUCAAAUGUUUUACAAAUUUGAAACCAACAAAUACAAAAUUCGACCCUUUAAGGUCAUUUUUGGCACUCAACGCUUUGGACUGCAAUGGUCCAAACCUUUUACUAAGAGUGGCUAAUGGGAACUGUAGGCCAAAUGUUUGGUGGAAGCUGGAAACGCAUCUCAAGAUGCUCCAAAGAUGGUUGUUAGGUGAUAUAUCUCCAACGUAUCUUGGGAGCCCUGAAGAAGGCCAAAAAAAGUAUGCAGGCCAAAACACAUCGGUGUGGUACAUUUCCGUACCAAUGAAGCAAGCAUUUUCUGAGCACCUUGAGAUGUGUCUCCAAGUGCUGGAGAUUUCUUUGGGUGCUCCUUGGUUUUUGGUCUUUUGGAAGACAAGAGAGCAAAGUUGGGGGACAUACGGACCCUCUAGACAGCACUGGACUCCAAAUCCCUUCAGCCCCAACCAACAAUGACCCAUGGUCAUGGGAGCUGUAGUCAAGCAAACCCUGAAGGAUCAUAGGUCCUUCAGUAGAACAUGAAAAUGAUGGUUGCACGACCCAUCUCUGUUUACACUGGGGUUAAAUCCGGAGUAUCUCCACUUUGUGUGGGUUGGAAGAGGACUUAAAAUGGAGUCUGUGUCGUAACCGUGUCACGCUAGGCGUCAUGCGCGGCGAAAAGGGAUCCUGGCGCCUAUUUCUUUGUAACUAUUUUCCUUCUCGUGGUGAUCGUAAGGGAGUGAAUUUUGGCACUGUGAGGCCGUUCUAUCUCUUUUUUUCCUUUCGGUGUUGUACAAAUGAGUAAAUAAAAAAGUGAAGCGCA